ACGAGAAUGCCACUCCAAGGUCCAUAAUGCACUGCGGCGUGUUUCCGGAUGUAAAAAACCUCCAUUAUCCCAACGAAGCUGAACCGUACUUUCCGUUUGGAGCAGUGGAGACGCAGCCAUGCCGCCUGGGCCCGUUCAGAUAGUUCAGCCGGAGCCUAACAACAAGCAGAAUGAUGGACCUGCAGAAGAGACUCCAGCCACUAAACCCAUUGUUGGCAUCAUAUACCCUCCUCCAGAAGUCCGAAACAUUGUCGACAAGACGGCCAGUUUUGUUGCCAGGAAUGGACCAGAGUUUGAAGCAAGAAUCCGUCAGAAUGAGAUCAACAACCCCAAAUUUAAUUUCCUCAACCCCAACGAUCCCUACCAUGCUUACUACCGCCACAAGGUCAAUGAAUUUAAGGAGGGCAAGGCACAAGAACCAUCUGCAGCAGUGCCUAAGGUCAUGCAGCAGCAAGCCAUGCAGCAGUCUCAGCAGCUUCCUCAAAAGGUGCAGUCGCAGGUGAUUCAGGAGACCGUGGUCCCCAAAGAGCCACCCCCCGACUUUGAGUUCAUUGCGGACCCCCCAUCAAUCUCUGCGUUUGAUCUGGAUGUUGUGAAGCUCACUGCUCAGUUUGUGGCUCGCAAUGGCCGACAGUUUCUCACCCAGCUGAUGCAGAAGGAGCAGAGGAACUACCAGUUUGACUUUCUGCGCCCACAACACAGCCUCUUCAACUAUUUCACCAAACUGGUGGAGCAGUACACGAAGAUCCUGAUUCCUCCCAAAGGCCUGCUGAUCAAACUUAAAAAAGAAGCUGAGAACCCAAAGGAAGUUAUGGACCAGGUGAGGUACCGAGUCGAAUGGGCAAAAUACCAGGAGCGUGAGAGAAAGAAGGAGGAAGAGGAGAGGGAGAAGGAACGGGUCGCUUAUGCCCAAAUAGACUGGCAUGAUUUUGUGGUGGUAGAGACGGUGGAUUUCCAGCCCAAUGAACAAGGUCACUUCCCUCCACCCACGACACCAGAGGAGCUCGGCGCUCGCAUCCUGAUCCAGGAGCGCUACGAGAAAUACGGAGAAAGCGAGGAGGUGGAGAUGGAGGUGGAGAGUGAGGAUGAAGAGGAUGAACGAGAGAAGCGGGCCGACGGCCAGCCUUCACAGCCUGAUCAAGACACACAAGUCCAGGACAUGGAUGAGGGAUCUGAUGACGAAGAUGAAGGUGUGAAGGCUCCGUUGCCACCAGACAACCCGAUGCCACCCCCGCUGCCUCCAGCUCCAGAACAGGUUAUUAUUCGCAAGGACUACGACCCCAAAGCUUCCAAGCCGCAGCCCUCGGUUGCAGCUCCAGACGAAUACCUUAUUUCACCAAUCACUGGUGAGAAGGUCCCCGCCAGUAAGAUGCAGGAGCACAUGCGCAUUGGCCUGCUGGAUCCACGCUGGCUUGAGCAGAGAGACCGAAGCAUCAGAGACAGGCAGACGGAGGACGAAGUCUACGCUCCCGGUUUGGACAUCGAGAGCAGCUUGAAGCAGCUCGCCGAGAGGCGUACUGAUAUCUUUGGUGUGGAAGAGACGGCCAUCGGAAAGAAGAUCGGCGAGGAGGAAAUUCAGAAGCCAGAAGAAAAGGUCACCUGGGACGGCCACUCGGGGAGCAUGGCUCGCACGCAGCAGGCGGCGCAGGCCAACAUCACUCUGCAGGAGCAGAUCGAAGCCAUUCACAAGGCCAAAGGGCUGGUGGGAGAGGAUGAAACGAAGGAAAAAAUCGGUCCCAGCAAGCCAAAUGAAAUUCAUCAGCCUCCUCCCAUGCCCUCAUCGGCACCAAGUCUGCCUAAACCCAGUCCUCCUGUCACAGCCGUGGCACGCCCACCCAUCUCUGUGGCUCCUCCAGUCCGUACCACUCUGUUGUCUGCCGUACCUGUGAUUCCACGGCCCCCGGUGACUCCUGUGGUGCGUCUGGCGCCAGGUCAAGUCAUUACACAGAUGCCGCCCAUGAUUCCCGCUCCUCGUGUCAACGUGGUUCCCAUGCCACCAGCGCCCCACCUCAUGGCCCCCAGACCACCUCCUAUGGUUGUUCCAACUGCGUUUGUCCCCGCUCCUCCCAUGCCACAACCACCCAGCGCUGCCCCAGCGCCGCCCGUCCACCCACCCCCUCCUCAUGAGGACGAACCAAUGAGCAAGAAGAUGAAGACGGAGGACAACCUCAUCCCAGAGGAAGAGUUCCUUCGUCGAAACAAGGGUCCUGUGGCAGUCAAAGUGCAAGUCCCCAACAUGCAGGACAAGACCGAAUGGAAGCUAAAUGGGCAAGUGUUAAAUUUCACUGUCCCACUUACCGACCAGGUGUCUGUUAUUAAAGUCAAAAUCCAUGAGGCAACAGGCAUGCCUGCUGGAAAACAGAAGUUGCAGUAUGAGGGCAUCUUCAUCAAGGACUCAAACUCUCUGGCUUAUUACAACAUGACCAAUGGUUCCAUCAUCCAUUUGGCUCUGAAGGAGAGAGGUGGAAGAAAGAAGUGAGACGUUCGUCACAGAAAACGUUAACAUUACGCUACUCGUCCCUAGUACGUCGGUUUAGUUCAGGAGAACAUUUUGGAAAAAUGCUUGCUUCUUUUUUUUUGUCAAAAAUAUUCUAAAUGUUAUUUUGUCCUUGAAUGGCAUGUUGUUUCUAAUUAGUGGUGAUUUUUAGUUUCAACUCUUGAUUUAUCCAUGACAUAUGUACACUGAUGUUGCCCUUACAAGUAAAUUGCUCAAAAAUAUAGAUUCCUGGCUUGCUUGCCCAUUUUAAAUAAAGGACUUAAAAAAUCA